GGAUAUAAAACGUUAUAUUUUCUAUGAGUAUGUUACAAAACUAACACUUUCUCUUAAUAACAAAAAUUAAAAGUCACUGCAACCAUUUACGAUAUAUAUCUAAAAAAUAUAAAAGGUAAACAUUUCGGUCUCGAACUAAUUCAUAAAUUACCGCUCGUAGCCUGAAAAUGCGCAUGCGCGUAAACCGAGAAAAAAGCAAAAUGGCGGACGCAAACCAGAAAAAACGACGAGGUCCUAAAAGUUACUUGACGGAAAGUGCAAGAAAACGAAGGAAAAAAGAAUCAGAACAGAGAAGAGGAGAGGCGAGAAUCUACAUCAGCAAAGAGAUAGAUAGAUGGCGUAAGGUAAAGGAAGAUCUCGCACUGGAGACUGAUUCUAAAUUAGCGAAGCUGCUUCUUGACAGUUAUGAAUUUAAGAAAAUAUCAGAUAAAUCCACCACUUCAACCGGCCCCAUCCAUAUGUAUUCCACACCUGCAAGAAGAUAUAUACCUCCACGAGAGUGUUCAGAAAGUGAAGUCACUAUAAGUGGUCGAGAAAUGUCAGGAGUGUUUGUGCAAGAAUGUUGGAAAGACAUGUCAUUGCCUGGACCAUCCACAAGUGAUUUUCAGAAUCAACAUAUUCAGAAGGCCGAUAUCACUACCAAAGAGGCGAGCAGCUUCAUAAAUCCUUUUGAGGAAUGUGGGCAGGUGUUUUGCACCACGUCGUUGGUGAGCAUUCGUGGGGUAUUCCAUACACAGAUGAUGGAGUUGCUGAAUGUUCACAUGGCCCCUUGUCUGAUGUUGAAGCUGUAGGAAAGUCUCUGGAAAAGGGCAGUACAGCUCACAACACACUGAGGAAGGUUAAUUGUGCUCUACAAACCAUUCCUCGAUAAAAUACACUACUUUCUGAACUUUAGAAGUACAGCAGAACUUGAAAACUAUCACCAGUUGAUAUUAAUGUAUGCAGCCAAAAGGUUUGCUUACACUCCGCCUGUUUACAAGGCACGCACCAUUUUGGCAGCUCUUGACUACAACUUCCACAUCGAUAGAGAAACAAAGACAAAUGCAGAUGGCUCAGUAAGGUACCACAGAACUUACAACAAGAAAAGUGGAAGGUGGUCCGCUGUGCCCUACAAAGUGAAAAAGAAAUACAGCUACAUCAGUGACCUGAUUUCUGCUGUAGUUGAAAAGAGGCUACUUGAUAGAGAAGGAAUGCAUAAAAGCAAGACGUUAUCGCCCUAAGAUCCCAGACACAUUUCCAGCGGUUUAGCCCUCCUUACUCCACCUUCUACUGCCACAUUAGUAGAAGAAAAAAAGUCAAGACUCAAGUGAUUCUAGUGUCACAAAUAGGACUCAACAAUCUGCUGGCUACUCCUCCUUAACCACUUAGGAGAUUUCAACAAAACUUGCUACAAGGCUACUGUCAUUAUUCUAUGAAUAACCUCAUUGGGGAAGUGGGGAUGUUGUUAGGUGUUGGCCCACAACAGCUACAUUUGUAGCUAUUAUUAUUUGUAGUAUAUGCCAUAUAAGAUUUGGGUUUCACAUGUGUUUUAUGUUUCAAAAUUCAUGUGCAAAACUAAUCUACUACUUGUCGGAUGGAAAAUGUAUGUCUAUGAAAAGUAUUGUGUAUGUACCAAUUAUUGUGUCACAAGUUUGGCUUGUUCACACAUUUUGUAUGUAUGGUGUGAUAUUCACAGGUAUGAUGUAUGUGUCACAACUUUACUAAGUAUAGUGUAUGUGUCACAACUUUGCUAAGUAUAAUGUAUGUGUCACAACUUUGCUAAGUAUGGUGUAUGUGUCACAACUUUGCUAAGUAUGGUGUAUGUGUCACAGGCUGGCUAAAUAUGAUGUAUGUGUCACAAGUUUGGAAUGUGUCUUUAGUAUGGUCUUUGUAUGUGAACAUUACAGUGUUCGGGGAUGAUCAUCUGUAUUCAUAGCCUUUUUUGUAGUGAAUUCGUCUACAGAUUUUAUUUGGUGCUAACAAUAAAAAUAUGACACAA